UCUGCAAGACGUGCAUUCUGAGUUACCUGGAGACUAGCAACUACUGCCCAAUUUGUGAGGUUCUCAUUCACAAGACUCGUCCUUGGCAGAAUAUCAGGUUGGAUCAUGCGCUACAGAAUGCUGUGUAUAAGAUGGUGCCUGGACUCUUUCAGAAUGAAAUGAAGCGACGGCGGGAGUUUUACGAGCAGCAGAAUUC